AGUAAAGUUAGUUGUUUUGAUAAAAGUUUUUGAAAGGUUUUUUUAGUUUUGUUAUAAUGAAGUGCAAAAUACCUGAAAUAUCUUGGCAUAACCGCGAUCCAGUGUUGAGCGUUGAUAUACAACCGAAAACUUCAUCGACAAACAUCUAUCGUUUGGCUUCUGGCGGAACGGAUGCUCACGUCUUGAUAUGGUACAUGAAAUUAACUUCUGGCGAGCAUGGAGACAUUGAAUUGGAUUUGGCCGCUGACUUGACUAGGCACCAGCGAGCAGUCAAUGCUGUUAAAUGGUCACCCAACGGAGAACUGUUGGCUUCCGGUGAUGACGAAAGUGUUGUUUUCAUAUGGAAGCAGAAAUCGGACAAUGAACCCAUUAAUAUCUUAGACCCCACUAAUGAACAGGACAAAGAAGUGUGGAUCACUUUGAAAGUUUUGCGUGGUCACAUGGAAGAUAUUUACGACUUAAGCUGGUCGCCAAAUUCAUUGUUUUUAGUUUCUGGAUCUGUGGACAACUCUGCCAUGGUCUGGGACGUUCAAAAAGGAAAAUCAUUAGCCAUUUUGAGUGACCACAAAGGAUUCGUUCAAGGUGUUGCGUGGGAUCCCAAAAAUCAGUACAUAGCAACAUUAAGUACUGAUAGGUAUUUAAGAAUAUUUGACAUACAAACCAAAAAAGUGCUGCACCGCAUUAGGAAAGGAACACUUCCUGUGCCCGAAGAUAAUGCUUUGCAUGGCAAAACUAUGCAUCUCUUUCAUGAUGAUACAUUGCAAACAUUUUUCCGCCGUCUAAGCUUCACUCCUGAUGGUAAGCUUUUACUCACACCUGCUGGCGUUACAGACUACGAGGGUUGUACACAACCUUUACAUGCAACAUAUGUGUUUAGUCGUUAUGGUUUCCGCCAACCGGCCAUCAUUUUGCCUUGCCCUGAACAAUAUACAGUGGCGGUUCGUUGCUCGCCCAUUCUCUAUAGUUUGAGACCACAUGAUCAGGAAAAAAAUCCGCCCGUUGUGCCUUUGCCGUAUCGUAUGAUUUUCGCUGUAGCCACCAAAAGUUGUGUCUACUUCUAUGAUACACAGCAAAAGCAGCCUUUUGCACUCAUAUCGAAUAUUCAUUAUACUCGUUUGACAGAUAUAACGUGGUCCAAUGAUGGUCGUAUAGUUGUUGUCUCAAGUACUGAUGGCUUUUGCUCGCUCAUCACCUUCGAAGAGGGAGAGUUGGGAGAAGUUUAUAAAGACUCUGAUGCAGUGCUGGAAGCUGCUUUAGCCCAAGUUAUUGCGAAAAAUUCCAAGACCAAAAAAUCAAAGGACAACGACAACAGAUCAAGGAAACCUUCCAUGGAUGAGAAUAGCCAGUCUAAAGAAGUGGGGACACAAGCUCAAAAGGAAGCAUCGCUGGAAAAAAUUGUUGAAAAGGACAAUGCGAUUGAAGCUUCAACUGGGGUCAAUAAAACGGAAGAGACUAGUGAGGCAACCACUAAGGAAAACAAUGAAAGUACAGAAGUGUCAAAUGAUACUCCCAAGGCCACUCCUAUAGCCAUUAAAAGAAAGCCUGUUUUAGAAACCAAGGUAAACAAGGAAAAAGAAAUAACCAAAGCAACACCUAUUGCAAUCAAACGGAAGCCAGGACCAAUUGAUAAUUCCGACAAGAAUACACCAACUCCUAUCGCCAUUAAACGCAAGCCUGGUCCUGUUGAAACAAAACCUAGUGAAAAUGUCGAUGAGAAAUCUGAUACAACUGAAAAUUUAAACACUGAAGAAAAUACUCCCCCGAAGGCCACAAAACCUGUUAUAAUACUUGAUAAGGAGAUAUUAGGUACAGACGAAAAAUUUGAGUCUCCCGAGAAAAAGUGUCGUCCUGCUACACCCAUAUCCGUUAGAAGGCAUCCGCGCACGCCCAGCAAUACACAACAAACGCCAACACAAUCAGCUGCUCAAAGCCCGACAACAUUUUCAAAAGUCCUGCAUCCCCAGAGCGAACAAACCACACCUUCUUCUUCUCUACAAAAACCAAUAAAAACUCCACAAAGAGAAAAGAAACCCACACCCAUAGCUGUUAGAAAAACACCAAGAAGUAUUCCUGUGGUCAAUACGCCCACGCUAGUUGAAGAAGCAUUGGAUGCUUGGCCUGUAAAUAAGGAUGCAUUAAAUACAAGUCCAACGAUUGAAACGGACACACUAAAUUCUCAGAAGACAGUGAAAGAAAGCGGUGUAACACCAUUACCAAGUGAAGAGACAUUCGAUCGAACAGAAGACAUUUGUUUAGUUUAUGAAGAAACUGUGGAAGAGGCACCAGCACCACCAGUAAUAUCAACAUCAACAACGUCAAUACUUGUCAAGCAAACAUCGGUAUCCGAAGAGUCUUCCUCAAAAAUUGAGAAUAAAAGCGACGUUGCAGCUAAUCCUGCAACACCGAGCAAUAAAACUCCGCGUCGUGUAGCUUUGAAAACCAUAUCCACGCCUAAAUCUAAAAAGAAGCUAUUGGACUAGAUGUAACUGUUGAAUCGUUAUUUGUUAAGAAGUUUUGGAUUUGUAUUGUCUAUUCUCUAAGGUAUUCGCGGUUCUCUUUAAUACAAAUAUUCAAAUGAA